AUGAAAGACCCUCCCCGGUGUGAAGAUGUGGCGGACAAGCUCGUAAGACUAUUUGGAUGGAGACAGACUUAUCCUGUUCAAAAAUUACAGCGGAAUAUAGUGCCUAAAGCUGACGACACGGAAAUAGAAGAAGUUUCUUAUAGAAAACAUUAUAAACCAAGCUCUUCUAUUGUUGUUGCUUUCACGGUUCCUAUUGUGAUGGAAACAUUGGAAAAUACUUCAUUAAGC